UUCAAUUUCAUUUUUAAUUUCACAGAUUUGUCUUUGAAUACAAAGCUUUUUCUAACAGAAUGGGUGUGGGUUCUAAAUGUAUAGUUAUUUGUUUGUUCUAUUUGUAUGCUGCUGUUUUUCCAAGGAGGUCAGAGCAUCAUACAUGGCAUUCUCUUUAUCCUUGCAAUAACUACCCUGUGGGGUAAGUUAGGCUGAGAGACAAUGCUUUGAACAAAGGGAACACAAAGAGAUACUUGGCUGAGAGGGGAUUUGAACCUCCAACCCCAGCAUUCUAAUCACUGCACCAGCCUUUCCCUAUUGGGUACACUCCAGAAAUAUUAGACUAUGACUCCCAUAUUCCCCAGCCAGUAUGGAUACUGCUGGGGCACCAAGUUUGGGAAUGCUACACUACACCAUACUGGCUCUAAAUGGAAAUAUUUAAGAUAGGCAGAGCAGGAUAAAAUUGCUAAGGUGUUGUUAAUUGGCGUAAAUCUGAGAUUCUGAAUAAGCCAGUUGACUAAAGAAUAAUUUUGAUUUUCAGCAGAGUCCCUGAGCAAUAACUAGCUCACUGUCAUGUUUAAGGAAGAAAAUUAAUAUACAUGCUGGGACAGAAAUAUGAAAAUAUAUACACACAUACUCCGUGCCUUGUCAUUUGAAGGGUUGAAUCAGACCUGUUGUGUUCCAAUUGUUUUAUGGUGUGGGAACAAAGCAAUUUUCUUUCUUUUUAAAAAUUAUCUAGUUCAGUGCAACAAGUUGUGGCCAUAAAGCAGAAGUGAGCAACAUGCAGUCCUCGUUGUUGGGACUGCAGGUCCAAGCAGCCCUAGCCAUCAUGACCAAUUGGCCCUCCAGCAACAUUUGGAGGGCCACAAGUUGCCCAUCUCUAUGAUAAAGGAUUCCCUUACCACCCAAGACUUUGGCCUCCCCUGCUUCCCAUAAUAAUCUUGGUCCAAUAAAUCAUGGUUCAUCAGGAUGAGAAUGAGUCUUGUGCUUGCAUACUUCCUCUCUCCACUUUCCUUCCUCCCUUCUGUCUUGCACAUUAAUUCAGUGCUUCUUGAAUUUGUUAAACCACAGUUUAACAUAGUUUGUUCCUGGUUUGAUGUCAGAGUUUCUUGGUUCAGCCGUAAGGAAAUGGUGGUUUAACAAACCCUGGAAGUAUUGCAAGAGGGAAGGGAGGAGGGCAUGCACAGGCACAAUGCUAGUUCUUGAUCUUAUAAGCCAGCGUUUGGAAACUUAAUUGGAGGGGUGGGGGAUAGAUUAUCAACCCUCCAUGAUUAUAUGUGGGCAGGGUCACACUGCUGAUGCUAGCGGGUGAGUUUAGACCUGCUGACAUCAUCCAUUCCCUGGCCAAAGUGCUGGUUGGAUUUUCUCCAGUCAGCACUUUGGCUGUGAAUUGGCUUAGCCUGAUCCACAUCUUCUGCAAAUGGGAAAGGCAAAGUUCUCAUAGCUGAAGUGCCAUUUGGAGAAGCCUCAGCUGAGAAUUAGCUUUUCCCAUUCUUCACCUUCCCCCAUUGCAGAGGACAUGGGGCAGGCAAAGCCACCACAACCAAGGCAUAGGGUGGAGGAGCAUCCAGAGACACCGAAGCUGCCCCAACCCAGAGGAGCACUCUUCCACCCAAUUGGGAGGGUGAGUGGUGCUCUACAGUGGAAGUGUCACUGUUAUCUCUGAGCAGAUAAUUAUCCCAUUGGCCAGAAGAGUCUUUCUGGUAGACAAAAUGCCAGAGGUUUUCCAUCUUUGAGGUAAGAAGCCAUGGUUUAUCAUACUAAGUUCAUUAUGUCUGAACUGGGCCAAAGUGUGUAGCCAAAGUCUGUAAAAUCAGGAACAGGUAGGACUUGGGAGCAGAUCACAGGGAGGAUAGGCUGGAAAAGGUGCAGAAAGUCGAGGAAAAUCAGGAGGUACUAAUAGGCACAAGAUUCAAGGAAUAAGCAAAACAAGUGUCAGCAGAUAACCAAAUCACCAGGCUGUUGUCCCGCUGUCCUGGAAGUGCAGAAGACAGAAGUGAUCUAUCAUCUACAUUGAGAGAAAGUCAUGGAAAGUGAAGGAUGCACAAUUUCAAAGUUUUGUGCUUGAUCAAUCCUGAAGAUUGUGGAGGUGUGAAACUGUCACAGCCUAGUGUAAAUAAGCUUCCCUUCCUCAGUUAGGUUAUGCUUCAAAAUCCAUUACAGAGUUGGUAACUCAUUUCUUUAAUUCAGAAGGAAUGUUGGCUCAGGUUAGGCUAACUAGUAGAACUUGAGGACUUUCCUCAUUAUGUGAUAUGGGGCAUGGCUGGCUUGAUUGAAUCUUCUGAAUGAUGGAACUUCUUCACUAACUGUUCUUCUGCUACCAUAGUUUAUAUGUUGUGGUUAAUUUGGAAGUCGGUUAUUGUGUGGAAAUGAGUUGGGCUGUGGGAUUCGUUCAGGUUUCCUGCACCCCAUGACUUCAAUACUAACCCACAACACUUCUUUCUUGUCUUGUAGUCCUUUCAAUGACCGACCAAUGUGCAGGAUUUGCCACGAAGGCAGCAGUCAAGAAGACCUGCUUUCCCCCUGCGAAUGUACAGGAACCCUGGGGACUAUUCAUCGCAGCUGCCUGGAGCACUGGCUGUCCUCUUCGAAUACCACUUACUGUGAACUCUGCCACUUCAGGUUUGCAGUAGAGCGCAAACCGAGGCCGUUGGUUGAGUGGCUAAGAAACCCGGGUCCCCAGCACGAGAAACGGACCCUGUUUGGGGACAUGGUGUGCUUCUUGUUUAUAACGCCUUUGGCUACCAUCUCUGGCUGGUUGUGUCUGCGGGGAGCAGUGGACCACCUGCACUUUAGUAGUAGGCUAGAAGCUGUUGGCCUCAUUGCACUCACUGUCGCACUCUUCACAAUUUACCUCUUUUGGACACUAGUAUCAUUUAGGUACCACUGUAGACUAUACAAUGAAUGGCGUCGGACCAAUCAAAGAGUUAUCCUUCUCAUCCCAAAGUCUGUCAGCAUCCCAUCAAACCAGCAGUCCUUGCUGGGCCUGCACUCAGUUAAAAGGAACUCAAAAGAGACAAUCGUCUAAUUGUGAUCCAGGCCAUGAACUACAUGUGGGGUCUGAUUCCAUCCCAAACCUGGUAGUGUCACAUUCUCAAAUACAGACCUUUACAGACUCUUUGCAGAGGAGAAGAUACGACUGUUGCAAUUGAAAUCAUGGAUGCUGCGAUCAUAUGAUAUUUGCUAAGCUGCCAAACAUGUUUAAAAUUUAGCAGAUACUGUAUGAAAUCCUUCCAAUAUGUCAAUAGCUGCAUCGCUAGGGAUGCAACACUUUUUUAUUGUUGUUUAAAAAUGAUUAAACUAUGAUGGCGAACAACGCAAAA